AUGCCAAAUUCUAAAAAAAACUGCUUAUCUCACUGUGGCAAUGCACUCGUUGAGGCCGAAUAUGAAUGCAUAUUUAUGUGGCUAAGCUUAAACCGGCGCGCGCCCCCUCCUUCUAGGCCAUCAGCCACCUCCAACUCCCACUUCCAAAACCUACACCAACUGCAAGGGCUUCAAGAAGUCUCUAGCCUCGGCUAUGGAUUCUCCGGACCCUCCCAUAACCCUCUCUUCCGACGUCUUCGACAGUACGGGGAAAAUAGACACCGCGUCGAAAAUCUCACCUCUCUUAUAACAUUCUCUCUUAAAGAAAAUGAAAAGGUUGUCCCGGUUGCUAAAACUAGUCUUCCUCUAGAUAUUAGCAACCUGCUCAAAGCCAAAAAAGCUACUCUCCGUAGAGAUGCACGCUAUCCCACUCCCGAGUACAGACUCGCUGCUCACCGCCUUCAACGCAAACUCCGUUAUCGCCUCAAAGAUUUCAGAGACCUCGAAAGGGGCAAUCUCAUGGAGAAUAUCUCCCCCUCUCACACAGCGUACUACCAGAUGGCGAGAGCCCUCCGGAUAGACGCUAUCACGCAUACUCUCCCUCUGUCUCGUCCAGACGGCUCUAUUGCCUUCGAGGACGAAGAAAAGGCUGAGUGCUUCGCCGACAGCGUCGCCGCUCAAUGCUCUCCCAGCUCACAACCCACUGAUCCCCUACAUAUCAAACUAGUGGAGGACGAGGUCCGUCGCCGGAACUCACCCCCCACCACCUCUGACCCUAUCACUGUGUCCAAAGAUGAGAUUUCAUCUACCAUCAAAGGACUUAAGCCCAAAAAAGCACCAGGCGCGGAUGGCAUCUCCAACCAAGCCCUCAAACACUUUCCAGAGCAGGUGAUCGCCUUAUUGGCCGUAAUCUUCAACGCCUGCUUCGAAUAA